AUGCCGGUUGAUUACAGCAAGUGGGACGCUCUCGAGCUGAGCGACGACUCAGACAUCGAGGUGCAUCCCAACGUCGACAAGCGCUCCUUCAUCCGGGCCAAGCAAGCGCAGAUCCAUCAGGAGCGUGCUCAGCGCCGACACCAGAUCGAGACCCUCAAAUACGAGCGCAUCAUCAACGAUGCGCUCAAGAAGCGCAUCGCCGAACUGAUCGAGUGCCUGAAGGAGCAUCGCGAGGAGGCCAAGGAGAGGAACCCGGGCGAGCUUGCCUUUCAGUGUGUCAUGGAGCUGGCGGCUAAGCUCGACCCUAAGGACGACGAGCCGCCGCCGCGCCCGGCUGGUGUCCAUGACGCCGAGGAGCCGCUGCCAACCUAUACCAAGAUGAUGGCGACGCUGCUGGACCAGGUCAACAAGACCCUUGACGAGAAAAAGGUUACUCCAGACCAGCGGUACGAGCAGCUCAUCGUCGAGGUCGGCGAGCACCUCACCAAGGUCACCAACCUCCAAGAGGAUCUGCUCAAGAAGCUGGCCGAGCUGGAGCGCGAGGAAAACCGCAAAAUCACCAGCGACCACAUCCACACCGGUUUCAACAGCUCCUUCAUCAACAAGUCCAAGUCGUCCUCGUCUGGCCCGAGCUCCUCGUCCUCCAAGCCCUCCGAGACCAAGGUCGAACUGCUCAACCCCAACUACAAGGACCCAUCCACCGACCCGGAGUACCUCAACCGCCCCGACGACGAGGAGAUCACAGCUUCGCCUCUGGCCCGGCAAUUCUGCAAUAUCCGCGCCACCGACUACCGCGAGUCGCACUCCUUCCUCCUGGAACACCCUGAGCUCCUGUCCGAGCGUGAGACAGACGGCAUGCUCAUGCUCGCCUUCGACGCCCAGCUCGAAAAUAAGUCCGACUUUGCGCGCAACUGCGUGCACCAAGCCCUGCUCACACAGUACUGCCGAGCCCUCGGGCGCGACGGUGUGGCGCUCUUCUUUAAGCGCAUCACGACGCCCGGGCACAACGCGCAGGAAGUCUUCCUCAAGGAUGUGCAGGACACGUACAUGCGCAUCAAGAACCGUGCCCGUGAGAUCAUAUUGCAGCGGGCCAAGGAUGAGGCUGAGGGCAAGACUGGGCAGGUUGAACAGAUCCAGCUGCAUGCGGUUGAGCCGGGGACUACAAUCAAUAUUCGUGUGCCCGAUCCGAAUAGUGAUGACCCGGAGGAAAAGCGCUGCCGUGAGAUCUUUGAGAGCUUCAGUCCUGCGAUGAGGAAGGCGCUUGAGUCUGGGAAGCUGGAGGAGGUCAAUAAGGUGUUGGGGGAGAUGAAGGUUGAUGAAGCGGAGGAGCUGGUUGGGAAGCUGGGUGAGGCCAACAUCCUGAGCCUCGAGGAGGAACUGAUUGAUGCAACCACCGAGGAGGGUAAGGAGAAGCUGAAGAAGAUGGAGCAGAGCGCCCAGGAGGCCAAGAAUGCCGGCUCAAGUGCCCAAAGCGCUGGUGAUGACCUCGAGGUGAUUGACGACCCGGAGUGA